UCCCAGGCCGCACUGAAUAUAAUUAUAGGUGUAAUUACAACAAAGUGGAAAAUGGAGACUCUGAUGGAGAUAAAUCAAAGCAGUGAAGCAGGGCUAACUGCUGACGAGGCAGAGCAAUAUGACCGCCAGAUCAGGCUAUGGGGACUGGAUGCUCAGAAGAGAUUGCGGAGUUCCACAGUGUUGGUGGUGGGUCUGCGAGGACUGGGGUCAGAGGUCGUGAAAAACAUUGUCCUGGCGGGUGUGCAUGCCAUCACCAUACUAGACCACACCCCUUUGAGCAAAGACGACUUUGCGGAACGAUUCUUAAUUAGACAAGACGGAGAAAAUAGAGCCUUGCAAGCGGUGGCACAGCUGCAAAUGCUCAAUCCGAAUGUGCUAAUAUCAGCAGACAGUGAGAGGGUGGAGGACAAGGGGGAGGAGUUCUUCACUGGCUUUGAUGUGGUUUGUGUCACCAGCUGUACGACUCAGUCAAUGGUGAGGAUUGAUGAGAUUUGCCGUAAAAACAAUAUAAAGUUCUUUUGCGGUGAUGUCUGGGGCUACUAUGGGUACUGUUUUACCGAUCUCUCAUCACAUGAUUAUACAAUGGAGGUAGUAAAAGACAAGAUGGAGGAUUGUAUUGAAGUGGAGGCAGCAAGGAGUAAGCGAAAGAGCAGCAACACUGAGCGAGAAAUGGUCACCAUUAAAAAAUGUCAGUUGUUUUGUUCCCUGAGGGACUCUCUGGCUGUGAAUUGGUCCAACAAACCACCUCGUUACUUCAAGAGGACACCUCCAACCUUCUUCAUCAUUCAGACUUUGCAGGCAUUUAAAGACGAGUACCAUAGGGACCCCUCUUGCCCCAGUGACUCAGAGCUACUGCUGUCUCUCAGAGAACAAGUGGCACUCAAGUAUGGAAUAUCCAAAGACCUUUUCGAAGAGAGUUUUGUAAGGCAUUGCAAUUCAGAGCUGAGUCCUGUGUGUGCUAUAGUGGGAGGAGUGUUGGGGCAAGAGAUCAUCAAGGCAAUAUCUGCCAAGGACAUACCCUACAACAACUGGUUCCUGUACAAUGGUGUCAACUCAACUGGCAUAGUGGAGACAAUUCAGCCAUCAACAUGAACAUGCUCUAGCAAUUAAUGACUAUAAAUACCGUACAUUCAUAAUUAUAACCUCAUGACGUUCAUUUUAUAUUUUAAUUAA